GAUUAUGUAUCUACUUCUAUAGAAGGCGCGCUCGAUGUAUACGUAUUUUUACAACUCUUUUUCAAAGAGUUUCCUAAAUAUGCUAAAUUAGAUUUUCAUAUUGCUGGUGAAUCGUAUGCAGGACAUUAUAUACCUGCCAUAGCCUCGGACAUAGACAAAUUUAACAAGGACAAUAAUGCGACAAAGAAUCUUACUCAUGUUAAUCUUGAAUCCAUCUUGAUUGGAAAUGGCUUAGUAAGCCCUCUAGUGCAAUUCAAAUAUUAUCCAGACAUGGCCUGUGAUUCAACUUAUGGACCAGUAUUAGAUAAUUCUACAUGUGAUGAGAUGAGGAAAGGUUAUGGACAAUGUGCUAGUUUGACUAAAAAAUGUUAUGAUACAAGCAAUGUAGACGAUUGCAUAGCUGCUCAAAGUGAUUGUAUUGCUACAAUGUGGGAUCCUUUUCUCUUAUCCGGUAGAAACAUUUAUGAUGUAAGACAAUAUUGCGAGGGUAGCGGUACUUCAUGUUAUCCAGGAUUACAAGAUAUCGUGACCUAUUCUAAUCGUAAAGAUGUUAAGAGUGAAUUGGGUGUUGAUUCAUCGGUGACCUAUCAACAAUGUAAUGGAGAAGUUUACGAUGAUUUUCAAGCUUCUGGUGAUAUGAUGCAUAACUAUGAUAUAUACAUCCCAUCUCUCUUAAAAAGCAAUAUUCGAGUAUUAGUAUAUGCAGGCGAUGCUGACUUUAUUUGUAAUUGGUUUGGUUGUGACGCAUGGACAAAAGCACUUAAAUGGAGUGGUCAAAAAGGUUUUAAUGAUGCUAAAGUUACUCAAUGGAUAGCUAAUGGUAACUAUUCUGGAGAUGUUAGAACAUUUGAAGGAUUUACAUUCCUGAAAAUUUUUGGAGCAGGACAUCUG